GCAGGCAGGCAGGCAAAGCAGCUGCAGAGAGACCAGGGAAAGCUGACUACAACGGACAGGCUCAUGUUGGGAAAGUCAGAAACGCAACAUUUGCCAAUUCUGUGAUUUGGUGUUCAAAUAUUUUCACUUGUAACCUUUUUGCUGAUCACGUUUCUCUAUUUCUACGCCUGUGUGGGAAUAUAUUUUUCAUUCUGUCGACCUGAAAUGACUGCUUGUCGCCGUGUCUAGCCAAUGGUUACUGCGGGGGCUCCAGUCUUGUGGAUUAUCCGUCGUCGCCGAGCCAGUUGCAUGGUCGAGCCCGGAGGAGGCCCCGCUCUGCUGGAUGGAUGUGUGUGAAGCAGCGCCGGACUCCGAGUACUGAUGAAGACGGUGAUAAUGAUGAUGCUUUGGUUUCAUCGGCAGCGGGUGAACUGAUCUUGGAUGUUCGGGCUAUAUCGCCCCCACACAAACCAUUUCCUCAUACAACAAAAAAUAUAUUCCUUAAAAACUGGACGCCCCUGGAGCAGUUUAUGACGACCCUGGUAGGAGCGUGAUGAGCGCACGCUUCCGCUUGCCUGCUGGCAGAUCCUACAAUGUCCGGGCGACGGAGCUGGAGCGAGACAGGCAGCACACACAGGUUGUGUGCAACGUACUGCUGCUGGACAACACUGUCCAGGCAUUCAAAGUCAGCAAGUCGGAUCAUGGCCAGGUGUUGCUGGAUGCUGUCUUCAAGCACCUGGAGCUGACUGAGAGAGACUACUUUGGCCUGCACUUGGCUGAUGACUCCUUGGAUUCGCCACGCUGGCUCGAUCCCAACAAGCCCAUCAGGAAACAGUUAAAAAGAGGGUCUCCCCAUAACUUGAGCUUCAGAGUCAAAUUCUUCGUGACAGACCCCAGUAAACUUCAGGAAGAAUACACACGGUACCAAUAUUUUCUUCAGAUCAAGCAGGAUAUAUUAACUGGAAGAUUGCCCUGUCCACACAACACGGCCGCACUGCUGGCUUCCUAUGCUGUUCAAUCUGAGUUGGGGGACUACAGUGAAACGGAGCAUACAGCAGGGUAUCUGUCAGAGUACUGCUUCAUCUCCAACCCCCCACAAGACUUCCACAAAGAGGUCUCCAAACACCACCAGCAGCACAGUGGUCUAUCUCCUGCCCAGUCAGAGUUUAAUUAUCUGAACACAGCACGCACGCUGGAGCUCUACGGGGUAGAGCUGCACUAUGCAAGGGACCAGAGCAACACAGAGAUUCUUAUUGGGGUGAUGUCUGCCGGCAUUGUGAUUUACAAGAACAGGGUACGGAUCAACUAUUUCCCAUGGUUGAAAAUAGUGAAAAUCUCCUUCAAGUGCAAACAGUUCUUCAUCCAGCUGAGAAGAGAGGCGACUGAGACCCGGGAAACGCUGCUGGGUUUCAACAUGGUGAACUAUCGGGCCUGUAAAAACCUGUGGAAGGCCUGCGUGGAGCACCACACCUUCUUCAGGCUGGAGCGGCCCAUCCCACCACAGAAGAACUUCUUCGCUCACUACUUCACUCUGGGCUCAAAAUUCAGAUACUGCGGGCGGACAGAGGUGCAGUCUGUGCAGUAUGGAAAGGAGAAAGGCAUCAAGGACCGAGUAUUUGCCAGAUCUCCCAGCAAGCCCUUGGCCAGGAAGUUGCUGGGUGGGACUGACUGGGAGUCAGUCAGCAGGAACAGCCUAUCAGACGAGAGACUUGAGACCCAGAGCCUGCCCACUCGCUCACCGCCUGGGACGCCCAAUCAGAAUUCACUGUUUGUACAAGAGGGCACACGGCUACGCCCGUCGUCUGUUGGCCACCUGGUCGAUCAUGUGAUCCACGCUUCGCCCAGCCUCCCCGUCUUCUCCUCCAAUCACAAGUCAGCGUCGUCCACACAGGCCAACAGCAUCAGCUUGGACUCCACGCCAUCUCCAGAGGGGAUAGACAGCCAACCUCCAGCUCUGCCCCCCAAGCAGCUGAGCAGGAAGACCCUGAGCCAGAUCAUCCAGGCCCACUCCCAGCAGAGCCUCCUGGACAACCACCUCAACGAGAUGUAUGAUGUUCCUGUCAAUGCUGAUAAGACCACGCUAAAUGGAGUCGUCCCUCAUGAUAAUCUGGUCCUGAUCAAGAUGAGGCCUGACGAACACGGACGUUUCGGCUUCAACGUCAAGGGUGGAGCGGACCAGAAGAUGCCCAUCAUUGUGUCUCGAGUGGCUCCGGGAACAUCAGCUGACCUGUGUGUGCCUCGCCUUAACGAGGGCGACCAGGUGGUCUUAAUUAAUGGACGAGACAUCUCUGACCACACCCACGAUCAGGUGGUCAUGUUCAUCAAGGCCAGCUGUGAGAGCCACUCUGGGGAGCUCAUCCUAUUGGUCAGGCCGAAUGCCAUCUAUGACGUGGUGGAGGAGAAGGCCGACUCGGAGCCAGAUUUUCAGUACAUCCCUGAGAAGUCCCCUCAGGACCCCGGCCAGCUAGACCAGCAUGCUUUGAGGGACUCCAUGGUCGCACUGAAGGAAAGCCUGAGCAGUGGAGCCAUACUGGCACAGUUUGAUCAACUGUACAGGAAGAGGCCGGGGAUGACCAUGCUGUGUGCCAAAUUACCUCAGAACGUUUCCAAAAAUCGCUACAGAGACAUCUCUCCUUAUGAUGCCACGCGGGUCAUUCUGAAAAGCACAGAUGACUACAUCAAUGCAAAUUACAUCAAUAUGGAGAUUCCAGCCUCCAGUCUGAUCAACCGCUACAUAGCAUGCCAGGGCCCGCUGCCCAACACCUGCCCUGACUUCUGGCAGAUGACAUGGGAGCAGGGCUCAUCUAUGGUGGUCAUGCUGACUACGCAGGUCGAGAGGGGGAGGGUGAAGUGUCACCAGUACUGGCCCAAUCCAGACAGCAGCGCCACCUACGGAGACUUCACAGUAACGUGCCACAAUGAAGAGGGCAACUCUGCCUUCCUGGUCCGGGAGAUGACGCUAAUGCACACACAGAGUGAGCAGCAGAGAGAGCUUACCCAGAUUCAGUACCUGGCUUGGCCAGACCACGGCGUUCCUGAUGACUCCACUGAUUUCCUGGACUUUGUGGCGCUGGUGCGGACCAAACGGGCCGGACAGGACCAGCCGAUGGUGGUACACUGCAGUGCGGGCAUUGGUCGGACAGGGGUUCUGAUCACCAUGGAGACAGCAUUGUGUCUAAUGGAGUGCGGCCAGCCAGUGUACCCUCUAGACAUCGUCAGGACCAUGAGAGACCAGAGGGCCAUGAUGAUCCAAACACCUAGCCAGUAUCGCUUUGUGUGUGAGGCCAUCCUGAAAGUCUACGAGGAGGGCCUGGUCAAACCACUCAAGACCGCCAUCUACCAGCAGAGAGAAAAGGUGGACGAGGAGAGGGAGGAGGACAAGAAAGAGCAGCAGAAAGCAGGUGAAGGAGAAGAGACGGCGACGAUGGAGGAAGGGGAGGCGGCUGUGGUGGAGUUGCUGGAGGGAGGUCUGGACGAAGAGGAUGACGACGACGAAGAGGUGGAAGUGCUGGACGUGGGAGAAGUGACGGAAGAGGGAGAGGAGGAGGAGGAUGAAGAGGAGGAGGAAGUGGAGGAGCCGAGCGUCGCGAGCGCCACCAGCGUGACCAGCGAGACCAGCGCGAACCCUGACCCUGAUCCUGCAAACCCGUGACUUUUGACGGGCGGUCAGGGCUCACCAGGAGGAGGCCAGGCGGCCGGAGAAGAGAACAAAAGCACUGUUGCACUUUACGCUGACAAAAAAACGGAGAAAAAGACAAAUGAACAAACAAACGUGAAAAUCAUGGACAAGCUAGAAUAAAAAAAGAAAUCCAGCUGUGUUGAAUAGGUACCAUUAGGGGAUAUUGUAUGUUCAGGGUAAAGAAAAAAAGUAUUCAAAGAGUGAAAAGAUAAAAGUACGCGAGAAUAAAAUGUGGAUGGGGAAUUGCUGUAGUGCCAUAAGUACGAAGGGGAAGGGCUGCCCCCCUUGAUGGAAAGCUUUUCCCCCGUUUUAUUUCCCCCAAAGGGUCGCCCUGUCCCCUUCUGAGCGAGUCUGCCAGACGGACCUGCCUUUUUUUAGUGUCCUUUUAGCUGAUAAAGAGAUAUACCUUAUCUUUUGUUCCUCAGAAAGAGUAUUUAUUGUGUUUUAGUUUGUGUCAAACCCUGUCCACUGAACAAAAAAAACUUGUACGUUUGUUUGUAUGGAUCUAGAGCUUCAUGCUUUCCUGAUUAAAUCUUAGGUAGUCAAGUAGUGCGAUUCCUAUUCUUCUAACUACUUCUUGAUUUCUUUUGCUUUGUGUAGGAAAAAAAAACAGUGAUUUAAUUUAUUGUACUUGGUUUUAUCUUUCUCAGCUUUCAUGUCUCAGCGUCUGACAGCACAGACUGACAGAUGGACAGCUGAAAGCACUUUGUGUCUCACCUCUUGUUCGAUGCUGUGGCGAGUUGUAUUCUUUAUCCUGCUUUGUGCUGUGUUUUUGAGCUUACAGACACACGCUCUGAAGCGGCCAUUGUUUGGCGUGGUGAAGAACAUAACUGGUUUACAAUCCUCAGGGCCUGUGUUUACUGGGCACCUCGCUUUCACUCUGCGUCUGCAGACCUCUCACUGUAAGACGUAAUGAGCAGCGAGCGAUUGUUCAAACAAAAUUCUCCUCGCGCUGCAGAAUUAAUCCGACACAGGAAGAUGAAUACAGUGUCAUAAAAAGAGGCCCCAGUACACACACGGCCUCACUGAGUUACAAUCUAAGCUAUUUCCCAGCCGUCAUGGCUGAUAAAGCUAAGAAACAAGGCGGAGGUCAGUUCAUUUUCUUUUUCAAAUUCAUACACAGGUAAUUUAAUAGCUGAAUCAAACCUGCAGGUCACUUGCAGCUGACAGAGUAGGCGGCAGGGGUCCCCGCUGAAGUGUCCUUGAGCCAGACACUGACCACAAAGCCCCACUGUGUGUGAAGCAUCCUGUAGACUGGUUUCCCCCUGAGCAGGACAACCUUAAGCAAAUGUCCAUCAGCUUCGUGCAGCCCAAAAGUGUCUCGCUCGCUUCACACAGGUCAGUGCGUUACAACCCGACAAACAAAUGGUGGACAUAGGUCGGCCGUUAGUCCUAAAGAUGUUGAAAGCUGCUAGAAUUUUUAUGCAAUCAGUAUUUGUUUUUUUUCCCCGAAGGUUUCACACACAGAACUGCCUGCUGAAUUGACAGUGAACUGAUCUCAACCUUUAGUGUGAAUGGUAAAAACUUUGAAGGCUCCCUCCACUGACCUCCCCGCAUUUCAGUCCCGUCAACUGGAGCAGAUCUCUUCUCGCACAUUUGCUGUUGAGACUGUUGGAUCUUCUCUUUGUCUGAGCAAUCGCAUGACCCCAGCAUUAAACUCAGUCAGACUAGUUAUUUGUUAUAAAUUUCCUCAUUUGGUCCGUUUUGUUUUUCAGAGUUUGGGUGAGGUUCAGAGGUCACUGGAGCGGGGCUUUAAACCAACCUUUGCUGUAUCGUUUUCUUUCUAAAUCUGUCUGAUUGUCUGCCAGAGAACACAGUUCAGAGUUCAGAGAAGCAGCACAAACAGAACAUUCAGCCAAUACUUUCCUCUUUUUUUAAAUUGAUCUUUCCCAAUGGUACUUCAUUUUAAGGCACAUUUUAAGCCAAGAUGAUGUGUUAACGAGUGAUAAGAGACUAAAUGAUGACUUGUAUUUUUAAUUCACAAAACCCAGCAUCAAGUUGCUUGUUGAGUCUUUUUAUUUCUGGUCUCGGUACAGGUUAAGCUGCCAUUGUUCUUUGCAUAGCGGCAUGGAAUGAAGUGCGGCCUCUUCAUAAUAUUUUUCUUAUCGGCUGCCUCAGUACCUGCUGCCAUUGGCUCCUUCCAUGGAUUCUGCUGGAAAAACCUACUGCUGUGAGUGUGUGAGAGUGUGUGUGUACUCAGAUUUCAGUCUUUUUCUCUGUACCGCUCCCUCCUCCAUUUCUAACAUAUAGUUGGUUAUCUGUCUGGUCUAAGCCUGCUUGUCCAUUAACUGGAAUGAACGGUUGUGCCAUAAAGGCACAAACCUGAUCUAAUCCGAUCUCAAGUUUUCCUGAAGAGGGGCAGAAAGAGCCUUCUUGGAGAGUUUUUUUAGUCUGAAUCUUUGCCUGUGAAAUAUUUCAAACCAUGCUCAUACCUCCCUUUCAAACAGCUGAGUCAUACUUUAGCCACACGGAGAGGUGGGAUCAAGAAGAGCCGAGAAACAGCUUUUCUCUUCACUCUCUACUUCUUCUUUUUUUUUUUUUUUUUUAUCUCUCCUGUAUUGCGGCCCUUUCCCAAAAUCUGCCUAAAUCCUUCUCUCAGGCAACAUCAGUCAUUUCAGCAGAGCCCACGCAACAUCCACAGUCCAUUCUUCUCAUUGUUCUUCCCCAGAUGCCUCUCUUUUGGAUCAUUAUACAUGGAUCCCACUCUCUCUGCAUGGCCUCAAGGCAAAUGACACAUCUGAGCAGAAUACCAUGGGCACAGUAGCGCAGUAUCAAGCUUGUUUUCCACAGUAGGACAAAGUGAAUCCAGCCAGUGAAUGACUGACUGAGUAACUGUUUUCAACUUUGUUUUAUUGACACUUACACAUUCAUUGCAGACCCUGCAUGCAUGAGCUUCUAAUCAAAAGAACAAAAACACCAUUCAGCCCCCAGUGGCUUCUUAUCAUCACUUUCUGUAUUCAGCGGCAGGGCCAACCACAUCAAAUUACCACCAAAUCAAAAUUAAUUAACGCUUAAGGCCUCCCGAUAAAGUGGCAUCAAUAACAAGUUCACAAAACCUUGACAAUUUUCUAACAAGAAAAUAAAACAUCGGCCCUGCAGUGAAAAGUUAAUAAUUGAUAAAUCAGGGCUGCAAGAGUUUCCAUCUGCACAAAGUGUCCAGCAGUGAGCUGUCUGUGUUCAAAGCGUUUCGUUGUUGACACAUAAUUGGUACUGUCUGUGCGUUUAGGGUACUGAUCAAAGGUAGUUUGGAGGGGACCAGACAUGGGGAGGGCUCGGGUUAGUUGUAUUUUUGUAAAGAUGAAAACAGCUCUAGUUGGGUAGGGAAAGGACAGCACUUUGUAGAAGGCUGGGUGGCAGGUAGUGCUACUGAAAAAAAAAAGAUGGAGACAUAAAGCAUUGUUAAAAUAAGUUGUUCUUUUUUUUUUUAAUUUGUCAUUUUUAUUUUGUUUGAAAUUAAGACCAGUAGGGAACAAGAAAAAAGAAAAGAACUCCUAACUACACAGUGCCACUUGUUAAUUUUGUGUAAAUAAUACUAGACCAUGUAAAUACAAUGUUGUAUAUGAAAAAAAAUCUUUAAAAUAAAAGGGAAAAUCAA